AUGCCUCGCUUAAAAUUAGAAUAUAGCUACUCAUCUUCGCCGAUAAAGCGCCUUGCAGACCAUUUUCAUCUCAACCGGGGCACUUAUCCCGUUCCUGUCUUUGAAGAAGGAGGGAGAUUCGGCAUAGACACACCUCUACCUGACGAGGCUCUUGUUUCAACAACUCUCGAGGACGAAAGUCAAGAAGCUAGACUACUACAACUCCCACCAGAGUUGUUGGUCCUUAUUUUGCUAUCUUUACCACACAGCUCUCUCUAUAUGGUCCGCCAAACCUGCAGCGCCCUACGAAAUCUGACCGACGAUUUUAAGUUCCAAGCUUUCCGGACUGAUAUUCUUCGAAGUGGGGAAGAGCACUCCUGUAUCACUGAAGCCGGGUUCGGCGAACUUCGAAUGGUUCAGCGGAUACUGCUACGGAGAUCCUUAUGUACGCCUUGUCGCCGUCUCUUCGACUCGGGCGAACUGGAAAAUAGGUUAAAGGAACUCUGGCGACCACACUGCUGCACUGGAUGUAAGCGAGACCACCCAUCACUUCUAUUUCCCCAGGGCCAACAAGGGGUCGAUACGUGCGUUGGACUACUCGGCAAAAUUGACGUUUGCAAACAUCUCAAAGUUUCGGGUAAGAUCAAGUCAUACAUCGGAGGUAAGACAACGAUCAACUGCAAAGAUCCAGAACAUGUCCUUAUCGACAGAAAAGACUCUGGAAAUCUGCCAGCAUUCCAAAGGUAUCGCGCGGGUAUUUCUGUGGACUCAACAUACCAAAGGGCUACGACAGAAGUCUUCAGAACAUUCCCCCUGGCAAAAAUUAAUCUUCAACACUACCCCGAGUUAGAAGCUCUGAAAAGACAUCUGAUGAAGCAGAUAAGGCAGUUGGAGCCAGGUAGUCUCUGUCUCCAUACUUCGAAUCAACUUGAUUCCAUCGUGUCCUGCAUUGUCUCGGAUGACUGCAUUCUUUUGAAGUACUCCGGCUAUGACUUCCCUGCUUCCAAGCUGCCUUUGUUUCAUGGACCUGAUUUAGUAUUCCAUUCGAGACUUGAGUGUUCCGGACACGAAUACUGUUGUCGCUACUGUGGCGCACAAUACUUCUGGGUCCUUGACAUGGACUACGUUGCGCUCCAUGUGCGAAUUAGAACACGCAACCUUCGUCCGGACAGCAUGGAUUGGCUUUCAAACCUCACAUUUGAAAGCAAGGGCCAUCCCAUCUUGAAUAGCUAUACUGAAGGCAUACUGUGGUGCAGCGAUCCUUCUUGUGGUACGAAUUGUGGCCACCGUUGGUUGAAGAUGGUGGAAAUCUUCAGGAGAGCUACAAUUGAUUGUUAUCGGAUGAUCUUGAACCUUUUUCAUCGGGGACCUGAUUUUAUGGUCGCACUCCCUUUGAGCUUGGAAUACCAGACGUUUGAGGAGACAUCAUUUUGGCUGCCUGGACUCAUGCGCGGGGACCGUCGUUGA